AUGGGCGCACUCGCGGACCGAAAGGACGGGAGCCAGCUUGGGCGGAUGGCGCGUCUUAUGCCCUGCGGCGGAACGGGUGUCCCCGGAAACACCAUUGCCAAAUCAGGCGCGAGACGCGAGGCGCCCGAGAACACCAUACCGUCAUUCGAGCUCGCGCUCGAGCGCGGCGCCAAUUGCGUGGAGAUGGACGUGCACAUGACGCGGGACGGGCAGCUCGCUGUGGUGCACGGCACAACGUUCCGCACCAAGCUCGCGUCCACCUUGCCGCCGUUCCCAAGCGUGCAGCCCACACAGCAGGAGGGGCAGCAGGGGCGCCUGCAGGGAGGGCGGGAGGAAGGGGAGGGGGGAGAGAGCAAGGAGGAAGCACCGCGAGUGGAGGAUUUGCCAUGGGAGGUGGUGCAGCAGGCAGACGCUGGAGGGUGGUUCGAACACAAGUUCACACACACCCCUUUACCCUCCCUCACCCACGUGGUGCAGCAUUUUUGGCAUGCUGAUGUUACUCUAGCUCUGGACCUUAAAAUUGACCUGUGCGGGGAGAACAGGCAGAAAGAGCAGGCUCGAAACGGUGCAGGGGCGGAUUGUGUGAGUGAGGAGGAAUGGGCUGAUCGGUAUGCAGAGACCUUGGUCACAUGGCUGGAUGCUGUCCGGCCCUCUAACGCCUCUCUUUCUUCCCCGGAAGCGCCUCAUCCGCGUCUGCGUGUGCUGCUAACCUCGUUUCACUUCCGGCUCAUCGACUCCCUCUUCCUCUUUCUAGAUCGGCCGUCAUCCCGUGCACCUGGGCCUCUUCGACAAGGAAUUGCAGGCCUGGCAUAUAUAUACGGCCCUAAUGACACCUCCAUCGCAUUGGUCAAUCACAUUGACCCCCGGAUGUGGCUGGCACCACAUUUUACCCACAUUCCCUCUCUGCGCGAACCAUACAAAACGACAUCCAAGUCACAUUCUGAACGAGAUGACAUGAGUGCUUCAAAUUCUCCAUUGCACGACCGGUCUGUGCUUUCAUGGGUGAUUGAUGAGGAGGGUUUGAUGGCGUCUCAGUACCACAUAGGGGUUCGUGCAAUUACUACUAAUGACCCUGCUCUUUGCUCCAGGGCUUUUUCCACCAUGUUUCGCCACCACGGGCAGCUCCUCGCCGCUUCGCGAAGAGAGGCUCUUUUCGCGCUCCUUCCGCUCUUCGCGCUUCUACUAGUCGCUUCUUGCCCGCAUCUCGCGGCAGCGCAAAAGCCGUACUCGACUCUUGGCGUACCCGUCGUUAUCGUAGCUGGUGGGGUGUACGACCCGCUAACGGACAAAGUCUUCAAUCAGGCAUGGCAGGUCAACGCGCUCACGACGCGUCAAGUCGGCGACUCCGCCAACCCCGACGCGAACAACGACGCGGCGCUUUCUGGUUGCGCCGUCGCGGUUGACGGCAGCGCGUACAUCGCCUCAGGCGGGAAAUACCUCAACGUACUUCAAUACACGUCCACCGCACCCGUCGCAGGCACGCCGUAUCCGACGCCGCUGAAUGCGACGUCCAUCUCCAUCGGCGGCCCGUCGCAGCGCAUGCUUGUCGUCGCAGACGGGACCGCCGAGGCUAACGGCGCGAUCAGCAUCGAUCGGACGACCCUCUCGACGGUUCAAAUCGUCCCCGCGGGGUGGCAAUGCCUCUCCUCCGCGUUCUGCGCGGCUUCCGCGAUCUUCGCGUGCCACCGCCUGUCGGACGACGCGAAUGCGAUCAUCGAGGUGCCGUUCGAUGCGGCGACGGGUGCGUUCCAGCCCGCAAGCUCCGCCAUAAACGCCAUUCCCUACCCUGCGACGGAGGCCGUGUGCUCUCCUCAGGGCACUUUCGUCGCAGUCCUGCGACAAGACGCGAAUAUUCUGUACACGUACGCGACGCCGCUUACGAGCUCCGCGACGCCGCUCACGACCACUACGCUGACUCCUGGCAUGCCCGGGUCGCUCGCCGUCGACGCGAUGCGCGAGGAGUUUCUUGUAACGAGCGCCGCGGAUUUCCCGGGACUUUCUGGCGACGCGUACCUGGGAGCGAUGGACUUUGUACCCUUUUCAGAGGGCACCGGCGUGGAUCCGGGAUUCGAUACAAGCGGCGCGUUUGAAUACACUACUUCCGCCCCCACCGGCGGGCAGGUCGCGGUGUAUCCCAGUCCUCCAACCGCGUACAUCGCGCUUCCGGAGGGCCUUUAUGGCGUGCGACUCGUCGGCACGGGCCAGCUCGACACGGGAGCUGCGAGCUUCGCGACGCUCUCUGCGACGGUUGACGGCUGGAGCUACUUCGCCACGACUGUCUGCGCGCAGCGCCAUGUCAAAGCACCGCCGCCACCGUCACCGCCGCCUCCGCCGCCGAGCCCGCCGCCGAAACCGCCGAGCCCGCCGCCAAAGCCGCCGAGCCCGCCUCCCCGCCCGCCUCCUCCGCCAAAACCGCCCAGCCCUCCCCCGAAGCCGCCAAGCCCUCCCCCGAAACCCCCCAGCCCCCCCAAGCCGCCGAGCCCGCCGCCGAAGCCCCCCAGUCCGCCCCCCCGACCGCCUCCUCCCCCCAAACCACCCAGCCCUCCCCCCAAGCCCCCGCUCCCUCCCAGCCCUCCCCCCAAGCCGCCCAGCCCUCCCCCCAAGCCGCCCAGCCCUCCCCCCAAGCCUCCCAGCCCUCCGCCGAACCCUCCGCCGCCGCGGCCGCCGCCUCCGCCGGGCACGGUGGUGACGGUAGCGUCGAUAUCGGUGAUAUCGCUCGAGGCGGACUCGCGGUUCAACGCCGUCACGGGCACCGUCACGCACCCGCCCGCCUCCACCGCUCCGUCCGCGCGGAAGGCUCCGCCAGUGCACAGGACGUGCUCGCUGGGCGCGUUCCACAACUGCCCCGUGACGCUCGACUGCCGCGAUAACCGCGCUGCCAAGGGCUGCUCGUGCCUGCUGGGGAGCAAGAACAUCACGUGCCGAUACCCGCACAACUGUCUGGACGCCGCGUCGUGCCCCGUGCGCGCGGUGUGCAGGGAGAACGCGGCGGGCGUCAAGGUGUGCGCGUGCCCCAAGCGCUACAUGCCGCUCAAGCGCCAUGCCAGCGACCGCGCAUUCGCGUUCUGCGCCAGGUCGCGCUGCGCGGGGACGGCCGCCUUCACUGGCUUCAGCUGCACGCUGCGCGCCAUUGCUGACAAUGCUUUCGGCGCCGCUACUGGCAUAAUUGGAUAA